UCAUGUUUGCUGUUCCAGGGUGGUCUGUUUUUUCUUCGGAGCUUAAGCUUCAGAAGGAGACACCAGCAGCAAAAGAUGUGUCCAAGUCUCGGGAUACUGAUGGCUCAUCCAAGAAACGGAAGAGAGCGCCUGGUGCAGAUGACGAUGGUGGAAAGGUCACAAAAUCAAACGUGAACGAGAUGUGGAAGAGAUACAUUGAAGGGGAAAUACCAAAGCAAAAGAAAGCACGGCCGGAGAAGAAGGGUGAAGGCGAUGGAAAUAUAAAACCCGAUAUACCAGCCUCAAAGGGCAGCAAGAAAGCCAAAAAGCCGAAGAAGGAUAAGACAUCUAAAAGGGAGCAACAAACAGGGAGCAAUAUGACACCAUUAGGUAUCCGCGAACCAAGCACGGCUUCGCCCACCAUGACUUCCUCGCUUCCACCACCUCCUCCUCCUUUGCCAGAAAAUUCGAAACUUACUCCACUCCAGCAAUCUAUGCGGCAGAAGUUGAUUUCAGCUAGAUUUCGUCAUCUCAAUGAAACUCUUUAUACAACGCCGUCCACUGAGGCCAUGGAACUAUUCACGAAUAACCCUGAAAUGUUCGCUGAAUAUCACGCUGGUUUCUCACGCCAGGUUAAAGAGUCGUGGCCGUCUAACCCCGUGGAUGGAUACAUUAAUCUGGUACAAACUCGAGGCGAAGUUCGCCUCCAGCAUAAACGACAGGGGAAGAAACCAGCUCAAAGCAGCUCCAGCCUUCACCCUCUUCCAAGGAAGGCCCAGGGCCUCUGCACUAUUGCUGACAUGGGAUGUGGUGAUGCCCAGUUCGCCCGCGCUCUUUCAUCUUCAAAAAAGUCAAUGAAACUGAAGAUCCAUAGCUUUGACUUGCACGCCCCAGAUUCUGUGAUCACUAAAGCUGACAUCGCCAAUGUGCCACUUGAAGAUGGCAAGGUGGACGUCGUUAUAUUCUGCUUAAGUUUGAUGGGAACUAAUUGGGUAUCAUUUGUUGAGGAAGCGUGGCGUGUACUCAGAAGUGAUGGCUUGGGUGAAUGCUGGGUCAGCGAGGUAAAAAGCCGAUUCGGGAAGCCAAAUAAGCAAAAAUCGGCCAGGGGAUCCAUUGGCAAAGUUAAGAAGGACAAGUCUAAGAAGAAACAGAAAGGCGAUGAGGAGGAGGAAGACGCUGGCGAAGCUAUAUUCGUGGAGGAUCAGGUUAUAAAAGCGGAUGAUGACGAUCAAACAGAUAUCUCAGCCUUUGUGGAAGUCUUUGCUUCGAGAGGGUUCGUUCUGAAGCAGGAGAGCGUUGAUAAGUCCAACAAGAUGUUUGUGAAAAUGGAAUUCACUAAAUAUGGCGAGCCGAAGAAGGGCAAGUGGGCGAAUCCAAACGGCCCUGUCGAAAAGAAAACACUAUACAAGAAAUGGGGUGCUUCAUCAAUCCCCAGUGAUAUGGGGAUGACUGCCGAGGAGGAGAGCAAGGUGUUGAAGCCGUGUGUCUAUAAGUUACGAUAG